AUGCUUGAUAUCAUUCCUGCAAGAGCCAGAACACUGAACUUAGCACUGAUUGCUUCUUUUCCAGGUCGUGCACUGCUGGUCCUCCUCUUGUCUGCAACAGUCUCUCUCCUGGGCGGGUUGAUAUUUGGAUAUGAGUUUGGGAUCAUCUCUGGUGCACUGCUGCAGCUGCAAAUAGACUUUCACCUCAGCUGCUUCAAGCAGGAAGUUCUUGUGAGCUCCCUACUCAUUGGAGCUCUACUUGCCUCUCUGGUUGGGGGGAUCCUCAUUGACCGCCACGGCAGGAGGAGAGCAAUCCUGGUCAGCAAUGUGGUACUGUUGUUUGGCAGCCUUAUUCUGACAUUGGCAAGGACUUUUAUUGGGCUGGUCAUUGGGCGCAUGACCGUCGGCUUUGCAAUCUCUAUCUCAUCCAUGGCCUGCUGCAUCUACGUCUCAGAAAUGGUGGCUGCUCAUCAACGAGGACUGCUGGUGUCUCUCUAUGAAGCAGGCAUCACUGUAGGCAUCUUACUCUCAUAUGCUCUGAAUUACAUCUUUGCAGAUGUGGUUGAGGGAUGGAGGUACAUGUUUGGACUCGCCAUUGCCCCAACUGCCAUGCAGUUCCUGAGCAUCCUUUUUCUCCCAGUGAACCCCGUUAAGUUAAAUUCUUGGGACUCAGACUCCCAGAAGGGUCUCAUUCAACUGCAGACCACGGAAGACAGAGAGGCAGCAAAGCGGGAGCCAUAUAAGGAGAAGCAUUACUCUUUUCUUGACCUUUUCAGGACCAGAGACAACAUGAGAAGCCGGACUCUGGUAGGCCUGGGCCUGGUGCUCUUCCAGCAAUUCACUGGGCAGCCAAAUGUCCUGGGCUACGCUUCCAAAAUCUUCCACUCGGUGGGAUUCCAGAGCAACUCUUCUGCAAUCCUGGCCUCCGUGGGCCUGGGGGCGAUCAAGGUGGUUGCCACACUCGUUGCAAUGGCGUUUGCAGACAAGGCUGGGAGGAGAGCGUUGCUCAUUGCUGGCUGUGUUGUGAUGGCCAUUUCGGUCACCACCAUUGGCCUCACGAGCCGCUCUGCUCCUCUGGCCGUGGCCAGGGACUGUGAGGCAGCCACAGACCCCAAUGCCUCCCACAGCUACACACAACAUCUCCUGGCACCAGUGUCCUCCCAGAUCCCUGUGUCACCCUUCGCACUCGCAUCAGGGGCUGGCAGAAGCCAGGCAGGCCCUGGUUUUGCUGCUGCAAGGGCUGCCCAAAGCAGAGGUGUUGUUACGGACUCUUCCCACCUUCAUAAAGUGGACUUGGUAGGUCAGUCUGAAAAAGAGAUGGUGGAAGGCACAAGGUCUCCCGACAGCGGAGUCCCCUCUACAGAACAUAUGGUUUUAAAUUGGAUUACGCUGUUGAGCAUGAUGGCUUUUGUGAGCGCCUUCUCCAUUGGAUUUGGACCAAUGACCUGGCUGGUCCUCAGUGAAAUCUACCCUGCUGGAAUAAGAGGAAGAGCCUUUGCCUUCUGUAACAGCUUUAACUGGGCUGCUAAUUUACUGAUCAGCCUGUCGUUCUUGGAUCUUAUUGGUGCUAAGAUUUGUGAAUGUUCUACCACCAACAGGACUGGGUGCUGGGUGAAGCCAAAAUUUAUUGCUCUGUAA